CGCGGCGGGCGGGGGUCGGUGUGGGUCGGGCCCGGCGCGGGGGGAACGGAGCCGCGGGGGCUCAGCGCCGCUGCCGCCAUGCCCGGCAUCGACAAACUGCCCAUCGAGGAGACGCUGGAGGACAGUCCUCAGACCCGCUCUUUGCUGGGAGUAUUUGAAGAAGAUGCUGCUGCAAUAUCCAAUUACAUCAAUCAGUUGUUUCAAGCCAUGCACAGAAUAUAUGAUGCUCAGAAUGAAUUAAGUGCAGCAACUCAUCUGACUUCAAAGCUUCUGAAGGAAUAUGAGAAACAGCGUUUUCCACUUGGGGGAGAUGAUGAAGUCAUGACUUCGACUCUGCAGCAAUUUGCAAAAGUGAUUGAUGAGCUCAGCUCUUGCCAUGCAGUACUUUCAACUCAGCUUGCAGAUGCAAUGAUGUUUCCUAUUACCCAGUUUAAAGAAAGGGAUCUAAAAGAGAUACUAACUCUGAAAGAAGUUUUCCAAAUUGCAAGCAAUGACCAUGAUGCUGCCAUUACCAGAUACAGCCGGUUGUCAAAAAGAAAGGAAAAUGAAAAGAUCAAGGCUGAAGUUACAGAAGAUGUAUAUACUUCAAGGAAAAAACAGCAUCAGACUAUGAUGCAUUAUUUCUGUGCAUUAAAUACUCUCCAGUACAAAAAGAAAAUUUCUCUUCUAGAGCCCUUGCUAGGAUACAUGCAAGCUCAGAUAAGCUUUUUUAAAAUGGGUUCAGAAAAUCUUACUGAGCAACUGGAAGAAUUUUUGACCAAUAUUGGCACAAGUGUACAGAAUGUUCGCAGGGAAAUGGAUUGUGAAGUAGAAAACAUGCAACAAACAAUAGAGGAUUUGGAAGUAGCCAGUGAUCCACUGUAUUUGCCUGAUCCUGAUCCUAUUAAAUUUCCUGCUCAUAGGAAUCUAACACGGAAAGCUGGCUAUCUCAAUGCAAGAAAUAAGACAGGGCUGGUGUCUUCCAGCUGGGAGAGGCAGUUUUACUUCACUCAAGGUGGAAAUCUGAUGAGCCAGGCAAGAGGUGAUGUGGCUGGGGGACUUGUCAUGGACAUAGACAAUUGCUCUGUGAUGGCUGUGGACUGUGAGGACAGACGGUACUGUUUUCAGAUAACAUCUUUUGAUGGCAAAAAGUCUUCGAUCUUACAGGCAGAAAGUAAAAAAGAUUAUGAAGAGUGGAUAUGCACCAUAAACAACAUAUCUAAGCAGAUAUAUCUAAGUGAAAACCCAGAGGAAAUUGCAGCCCGUGUGAAUCAGUCAGCUCUGGAGGCUGUCACUCCUUCUCCUUCCUUUCAGCAGAGGCACGAGAGCAUGAGGCCAGCUGUACAAUCUCGUCCUCCUGCAGUUCGUACCAGCAGCACAGGGUCACUGGGAUCUGACUCAGCAGCUCUCUCAGCACUUUCCUUGGAUUCCCUUGUUGCCCCUGACACUCCAAUCCAAUUUGACAUAAUAUCUCCAGUCAGUGAAGAUCUGCCUGGCCAAGCAAAAUCAUCAGGGCAAUCGGGCAGACGCACAAAUCCUUUUGGUGAAUCUGGAGGCUCAAAACCUGAAACAGAAGAUUCAAUUCUUCAUCAGUUAUUUAUUGUAAGAUUUCUUGGCUCUAUGGAAGUGAAGUCUGAUGAAAGCCCAGAUGUUGUUUAUGAAACAAUGCGUCAAAUACUCGCAGCUCGUGCCAUCCAUAACGUUUUCAGGAUGACAGAAUCACACUUGUUAGUCACUUGUGACUGUUUAAAGUUAAUUGAUCCACAGACACAAGUUACAAGACUACGAUUUCCUUUGCCCAAUGUAGUGCUGUAUGCUACACACCAGGAGAACAAGCGCCUCUUUGGAUUUGUGCUUAGAACCUCAGGAGGGAGAGUGGAGAGCUACCAGACUUCCAUCUGCUAUAUAUUUGAAUCAAAUAAUGAAGGGGAAAAGAUUUGUGACUCUGUUGGAUUGGCCAAACAGAUAGCUUUUCAUGCAGAACUGGAUCGAAAAGCCUCAGAAAAGCAGAAAGAAAUAGACAGAGUCAAAGAGAAACAGCAAAAAGAACUGAAUAAACAAAAGCAAAUUGAGAAGGACUUGGAGGAGCAGAGCCGGUUGAUAGCAGCCUCCAGCAGAUCCAACCAGAGCAGCACAGAAGGACAGUUUGUAGUCCUUAGCAGCAGCCAGUCAGAAGACAGUGAUUUAGGAGAAGAUGGAAAGAAGAAGAGAGAAUCUGAAGCCUAAGGUUGCCUGCUUCAUUAAAGUCAGAAUCAGGAAUAUAUCUGGUGAAAUGGCACAAGUUCGACAAGAGGUGAAAUGUAGGUGGAGGGUCUGUCGUGUUAUAGCAAAGACUUCACAAUAUGUAGACCCUAUUAUGCCUUGAUUUUUCUUUCUCAGUUAAGUGAUUUCCAUUUCUGUCAGUAUAAUUUCUCUUGUAUUCCAGAUGAAGCAUGGUGAUGCUGCCAUGUUAAUUACAAACAUAUGUUUUCUCAAGGCUUCUCUGUAGUAUGAGAAAAAAUAUGGGGGUUUUCCCCCACUUACCUCUGUGCAAUUGACUGCUUUGGAAGCAAAACUGAAAAUCCAUUGGCCUUCAGCAGUAACACUGAAAUUUCGUCUUUACAUUUCUCCAUUUACACUAUGGAGAACACCUUGCUGGAAACGAAAGUGGAUGUCCAAAUAAGACAGUGCUAAGCUUUACUCAGUUGCACAUAUCUGUUCUUAGAUUUAGAAAGAAGGAUCCCAAUUAACAUCAGUGAGAUGUGCAAUAGUUCUAAACAGAAGGUUCUUUUUUUGUUUCAUUUUGCACAGUAUGAUACUGUCUUGAUUUUUUUUUUUUGAUUUUUUUUUUGAUUUUUUUUUUUUUUUUGGUGAAUACAACACCAAAAAAUUUCUUUCAGCAGGAGAAAAAGAUACUGUCAGACCUAGGUAAGAGCUAAUGAGAUGCAGCUGAACUUUGCUGCAUGAGGAAAAGAAUUCCUCAUCAAAUGAUAAGAGUAAUGUAUAUAGCCUUGUAGUACAAGUGCCAUGUUCUUGGUUUUUCCCCAGUACUUGGAAUAGAAAGCUGUAAACCUUUGAGUUCACUUUUAUAAAACAUGCGUAUAGUUGCAGGAACAUCUUGAAUUCCAUCACAUGAAAACAUUACAUCACAUCUUCUGCAUAUGUAAAUGCCUUGCUGCUAGUACACUACAUCUACUGAAAACGAGUUGGGGCUCUUCAGUCCUUUUAUGAUUUUCAAACAGAAUUUGCCAUUUCUGAAUUAAGAGAUGACAGUAAUCCUACAUCCUAGAGUCAGUUCUGGAAAGCAUUUUUCAAAGUGAUGUCUGUUUACAGCUUGUAAUCUGCACUCCAUAUUCCAUACCCUGUGUAAUAUUUAUUUUGUAUAGUAUUAGAUGUGCAUUCACCUUUUGAUCCAGAAGAGAAAUCUUGUUUGAAGAGAAAUAUUUAUUUUU